CUUCACAUAGCCUGCUCAACACUUCUCAGUCUCUUGUCAUGCAGACACACAGGUGGAGGUGCAACCCCCAAAGUUUCCAAAACCCACAUGCACAAAACCCUUCUCUUUCUCUUUCUCUUUCUCUGAACACCCACCAAGAAGGAUGGAGGAAGAGGAAGAAGAAGAGUACAGCUUCUUGAUGGCAAAACCACCACCAUGGUUCACAGUCCUCUUGUCCUUCCAAGCAGACUUGAUUCACAACUGCAUCUUUACACUCCUCGCCCCCGUCACCACCCUUUUCUCCAUACUCUCAGAGUCCUACCAAAGAGCAGAGGAGGCCAAAGACAGUGUAAAAUCAGCAGCCAAGAAUGUGCCCUCAAAGGUGGCACAUGGCAGCAGCUUGAUGGUGAGGAAGCUGGCCUGGGGGCUUCUGGGUGCUGCCUAUAUGGGAAUUGUUCUGGUGGCUGUGAUGGUUGUGGCUGUUGUUGUGGGUGUUGGGUUGGUGCAGUUGUGGGUUGAGGAGCCUGUGUUUCUCAGAGAGAGCUUGCAUUUUGACUACACUGAGCCUCACCCAAAGGCUGUGUUCUCUUUUGGUGGCAGCAAGGGCAAAAUGGGGGUUCCAUUAGGGCACACCUUUUAUGUUUCUUUGAGACUUUUGAUGCCUGAAUCUGAUUUCAAUAGAGACGUUGGGGUGUUUCAGUUGACUGCAGAAGUCAUGUCGAUCAAUGGGGAUGUGAUAGCAAAAUCGAGCCAUCCAUGCAUGUUGCGCUUUAGAAGCCUCCCAGUUCAACUCACGCGAACUUUUCUCAUGGGGGUUCCACUAUUGCUAGGAAUUUCAAGUGAAACACAGGAGCUAACCAUUGAAAUAUUAAAGCACAAGGAAGGGUAUUCAAGAACCAAAGCCAUCAGAGUAACUUUGAUUCCAAGGGCUGGAACUUUAUCUCUCCCUCAGAUUUAUGAAGCUGAACUCCUCAUGAACUCCCAACUCCCUUGGAAGAAAAAACUGGUGCAUAGUUGGAAAUGGACAUUCUAUGUGUGGAUGUCCUUGUAUGUUUACAUUAUGCUUCUUGUAGUUCUCAUGUGUUGCUUUAGGCCUGUCUUAUUCCCUGUAACAACAGCAAGUCAAAGAGAUCAUAAUGAAAGAGAUUUGACCAUGGAAGUAUCCAAAGAACCAGACUCAAGAGCUAGAGAUGCUAGAGAGGCUUCAGAAUCAUUGAAAAGAUGGCAACGGAGCAGGAACAAGAGAAAGGUAGAUGUUUUGCAGAAGCUCCAACCAGAAACUGUUGGCUCAUCUGCUUCAAGCAUUACUAUAACCAGGGAAGACACAAGUGCGUUUGUUGAAGAGGAUGUUGGGGAUUCAGAAUCAGUGUGUUAGGAUGUUGAGUUGGAUAUCUCAACGAAGAGGACAAUUGGCUUAAGGAGACAGCAUAAUGGCCUGAACUACUAAAAGGUAUCUCCGGAUAAAGCCUAUUCACGCCAUGUUCCUCUAGAUGAACCGUUUGCUAACCAUGCAUCUUCCUUUUUAGACCUCUUGCACUAGUGUCUCGGUCAUCCCUCCACUGCACCUUUGAAGUUUUUAGCUAAUACUAUUUUUAGAUUUCUUUUCAUUCCAAUAAACAUUGUGAUGUUUACCUAUUAGCUAAAUAAACCAGACUUUUUUUCUGUCCAAGUUGCAUUUCUUCUGUUCAGUCUUUUGAAUUAAUACAUUGUGACAUUUGGGGAUCACACCAAAUUUCAUCGCAUUCUGUAGCACAUUA